GCAAGUUGCGCAUGCGUGCGAGACUCGGGCCCAAAACCUCGGCCGCUGAUCUAGUGUGCAGUCAAUAUAACCAGUUGGUUGGGUUUGGGUGUUUUGGCCGGGGAUCCAAGCUACCGCGCUGCAUUACAUACACAGAAUAGCUGCAGAGCUUGCGCAGAAGCCUUGACGAACGGCCUCAAAAGGCUGCCAGACGAGCAGCGGACUCGGAUUUCAGGAGCCAAUUUUCCGCGCAGCUUGGACGAAGAUGCUCCGCCAGAACAAAAACACCAGUACCAGUCUGCUGAACCUAAGCAUCAGCGAUGGAGGAGGCAGUCAUCCACAGGGGCAGUCGCAGUUUUUAGAGUUGGAUACGCUGCCGAAGCAGUUUGUCCUGUCUAUGAAGAAGCUCUUUGACAUCCUGGACGACAAGCAGACAGGUUAUGUGCGCUUCACGGACAUCGAGAAGGGCUGGCAGGAUGAUGGCUCGAAGGGACUGCCCCGUGGGGUCCUGGACUCGCUGCGUCGGGUCACUCCCAGCAGCGGACUGCUCUCCUUCGAACGCUUCUGCGCCGGCCUCAAGCUGUGCCUGCUCCGCAAUCAGCAAAACGCCGUGGAAGACCUGAAGUUGCGGCCACGUUCUCUUGCCCACGGAACUCUUGCUCCGGAGAUGGACUUCAAUUCUCCUGCUCCGCCGCCAAAGCCGCCACGACAGGUGCCCAAGUCGCCUGCUCUGGGUAAAGCCGACAUCCGCCAUGCCCUGCAAAACUGGCAGCUGAACAUGAUGGCGGAUGCCGGAAAGCCAAACACGACGCAGUCGAGAGAACAAUUCGAGCACCGUGGCUCGGCAGAUGGAGGCUCCUCCUCCACCUCCGCCUCGGCCACCGACUGGAGCCUGGCUCUUCCAGCUGUGCCUAAGAAGACCAGCAGCAAGCGCAGGGAGUCACGGAGGCACACUCUGCAACACGGCAUCGACUACAACAUGCUGAAAAGACUGAAGCAGUUGGAGGAGCAGCGGGAACUGCUUCUGUUCGGACUCGAUGGCGUGGAGAAGGCGCGCGAUUGGUAUAUGAUGCAGGUGCUCAAUGUACAGGAGCAGAUUAAGUAUUUCGGCCGUUUAGGAACCAGAUUUGAACAGUGGUCUGAACUCCAGCAGGAGAGGCUCAACUUCCAGCGUGCCCGCGUUCUGGAGGCCAAUCGCAGCCUGCAGAUACUGGCCGACACCUGGGACCACGGCGGCUACCCACUGCAUAUUAAUUUGGCUCUGCCGACACCCACCGUCCCAAAACCGAGGCAGAUGUCCGAUCUGCUCAGUCGGGUUCGCGAGAAGCCGCCACUCCUGUCCGAUUUGUACGAGCCGCAGCACUCUCAUUCCCAUCCGCAGUUCCUGCGUGCCAUGCCCAACUUCGUGCUCAGCCAGCCCUCGCCGGUCAGCCAAUCCUCGGCCGGCCUAGGAGACGCCGAUGUCGUCUACUGACGAAUCAAUGCUGCAGCGUACAUUGUAAAUAGUGUAUUAUUAAACAACUUGAACGGUUUAAA